AUGGACGCCCAGAGCGCAGACCCGGAGACAUUGUACACGAAACAGGCAUGUAUAGGAGGAGGAAGCUUCGGAAAGGUCUACAAAGGCGUCGAUAAGCGCACCGGACAAUCCGUAGCCAUCAAGAUUAUCGAUGUCGAGAAUGCCGACGAUGAGGUCGACGACAUCAUACAGGAGAUCUCCAUCCUUGCCGGCCUCAGCUCGCCUUAUGUCACAAAAUACUACGGCUCAUAUUUGAAGGGAUCGGACUUAUGGAUCAUCAUGGAAUACUGCUCCGGAGGCAGCUGUGGAGACAUGCUCAAGCCCGGCGUCCUACCCGAAGACUACAUCUGCAUCAUAGUCCGCGAGCUACUCAUGGGCUUGGAGUAUCUGCACCAGGAUGGCAAGCUACAUAGAGAUAUCAAGGCCGCCAACAUCCUCUUGGGCGCCAAUGGACAGGUCAAGCUGGCCGACUUCGGUGUUUCGGGGCAGCUGACAGCGACCAUGACCAAGAAGAAUACAUUUGUUGGCACUCCCUUUUGGAUGGCACCCGAGGUCAUCAAGCAGUCUGGAUACGAUCACAAGGCAGACAUUUGGUCGCUGGGUAUCACAGCGCUGGAACUUGCCCUUGGCGAACCACCUUACAGCGACAUUCAUCCCAUGAAAGUUCUUUUUUUGAUCCCGAAGAACCCUGCACCCAUCGUAGAAGGUAACUUCAGCAAAGAGUUCAAGGACUUUGUUCACAGAUGUCUGAAGAAGGAGCCACGAGAACGACCAAGUGCACGAGAUCUGCUGAAGCAUCCUUGGAUACGGCGAGCCAAACGGACUGCAUACCUGACGGAGCUGAUCGAGAGGCACGAACGGUGGCAAGCCACGCACCGAGAUGAGAAGGACCGGGAUGAUGAGGACGAUCGGAGGCAAGACCCGCCCGCGCGCGACACUGACGAGGAGGAUCUUUGGGACUUUGGCACGGUCCGGCCUGCGGGACGAAGAGGCAAUCCGGCGCCUGGCCUGCGUGUUAUGAACGAGUCUGGAAUGAACUCUAGAAGCUCACACCUGUCACCCUCUCCCACCAAACGAUCAGUCUUGAACAAGGAGAAUGACACAGCGGUUGACGAGAACGCAGAGCGCAGCACGGUUCGUGGCCAGGGAGGCGCGAUGCUCCCUCCGCCGCUACCAAAGACACCGUCACCUACGAAGAAGUCUGCACUACUGCAGUCACCUGGCAUUGCUGCGAAGACUGCUCUUCCUGCAUCUCCAGUGCGCAGGCCGGUUGCAGCAACUCAGACGCCUCCACAGAUUCCUCGACAAGACGAAGUACCGCCUUCGCCGAAACCACCUGCCACUCCACAGACGCCUCGAAUGCUCAACGAUGAUUUCUUGCAGCAAUCAAUCGCCAGCGACAUGUCACAAUACAUGAAAGGCUUGUCAUUGAAAGACAACUCUACCUCGACACCGCACAUAUCCCAAGCGAGUGCCAUGAUCGUGACGGCUGAUGGCUACUCAAAACCUGCCACGCAGACGCAAGCCUCUGUGCAGCCCAACCAAUCUACACCCACGAAUGACCUCUUCCAGAAACCACUUCCGAGCUUUGCGCCACCUGCAUCGAAGACCGAUCCGCCACGGCAGCCUUCGACAUCAACACCAGCAUUCACGAGACCUGAUAUGGAGCCCCGAUCUUCAUUCGAUUCGGCCCGAAGCGACGCAUCCACGUCUGCAGGCGCGGCGUUCCCUGAAUCUGGAUCUGGAUCUGGAUCUUCACUUGCUGCAUCUGGAUUCGAUCAACACACCUCGCAAAAGCACGUGGCAUCGGAAACUCAUGACCAACCAAUCACAGCACUCAAUUCGGUCGUGAUCCCUGCUCUUGAGGCGGCGAUGCAUCGUAGAAGUUAUCAAAUAUCCUUGUUGCAGAAAAAGCAUCAUGGACCUUCGGGGAGCAGGACGGCUGCCGAGGCGGACGACUUGCAACUCAAGCGUCAGACACACGAGCAGAUUCGUAUGUGCAUGGGCAAGGUCUCGAGGCUGUUCAAGGACAUUGACCAUUGGGAUGGGGUUGCGCCCGUAGGCAUGGGCGACGGAGUGGAGGGACUGCUCGAGGGUUUCCUGGAGGAAGUGCUCUGCCGGGUUGAGGCUGAAGAUGCCUGA